GUUGAGUAUUGUCUAUUUUCUUGUCAUUUAAAAUUUUAAGGAAAUUUUCUGGAUUAAAUGUGUACAAAGUACCUUCUGAUUAACUGCACCCUUUUAAAAAGUUGGCAAAGUCAUAUGACCCUUUUAAAAAGUUGGCAAAGUCAUGUGACUUUUGGAUUCUGCUUUUGGAUUCUGCUGACUUUGGCAAAAAAUGUUUGUUGGGUAUCUUUAUGGCUUUGUUUCUAGUGUAGGUAAAUAUGGAAACUGCUGCAAUAAAAAUAAAGUCUAGAAUUCAUUGUGAUGGUGACUAUGGUACAGUUUUGUAUGUAGGACAGAUUUUAGGAGUAGAUGGAACUUGGUUAGGUGUUGAAUGGGAUAAUCCAGCCCGUGGAAAACACAGUGGUAGUUAUAAUAACAUCACAUAUUUUACUACUAGCAUUCCUGGAGCUGGUAGCUUUAUCAGAAUUUCAAAAGCAGAUCUAGGAAUUUCAUGUGCCAGUGCAUUGAAAUUAAAAUAUGGCUCUUCAAACAGUUCUUCUAAACCUUCAAAUUUUAUUCCAUUACCUCAAAAAGCUGGUCGUGAUAGAUGCAUAGAAAUGGUUGGCAUGGAAAAAAUUAUGAAUAAACAAAGCAAUUUUUCUCGUCUGACAGAAGUUGUUUUAUCCAGUAUGCUAAUUAAUGAUGCUGGAAAAAGAGAUGAAUUAAAAGAAUUGAUACCAAAUGUUACUAAUUUAGAUUUAUCACAGAAUUUGUUAGCUUCAUGGAUCGAUGUCAGUGCCAUAGUAUCACAAUUACAACAGCUGUCAACAUUAAUACUUUCCAAGAAUCGAUUGGAGAUUCCUGUUGAUGUAGAAAAUUAUAAAGAAUGUUAUACAUCUCUAAAAAUGCUGGUAUUGAAUGACAUGGCAUAUUGCUGGAAAGAGAUACUUUUGUGUGCAGUUAUGUGGCCUUACAUAGAAGAGCUGUGUGUUCUUGAUAACAGAAUAUCUGUCUUAGAAGUACCACAAUAUCCUGUUUUUUCCAAAUUAAAAGUUCUCAGCUUAGAUAAUAACCCUAUAAUAAAUUGGACUGAAAUAUGCAAGUUAGGUGUAUUAAAAAAUUUAGAAGAGUUGCACAUUGAUAAUAUUUCUCUGGAAUCCAUUUUAUUUCCUGAAGUUUCACCUUUAGAAAAGACCAAUCUAUUCCCUGGCCUUUGUACUUUCUUUGCCCGAAAUAACAAACUAAAGGAAUGGCAGGAUAUUAGCGAAUUAAACAAACUAAUCAACUUGAAGAAUCUUAUGAUCAAUAACAACCCUGUGAUGUUAUCUGUGAAUCCAGAAACUGCUCGCCAGUUAGUUAUAGCUAAAAUUCUAGGACUGGAAACAUUGAAUCGAACAAAAAUAGAAAGAUCAGAAAGGAGAGGGGCAGAAUUAGAUUAUUUGAAAAAACACCAUAAUGAAUGGCUGACAAGUGGAGGGUGUUUAGAUUUAACUAAAAGUAAGCCAUCAAAUGCUUUCCUGACUGAGCAUCCAACGUACCCAGCUUUGCUUCAGAAACAUGGUGCUGCAGAUGAAAAUGAAACUAAAACUGAGAGUUCACGCCUGAAAGAUAAUUUAGUGUGUGUAACAAUUUUUAGUCCAUUAUUACCUGAUAAACAACCGGUGACAAAAAAAUUGCCAGUGGAGAUGACUGUAGGAAAACUUAAAGCUCUUGUGCAAAGGAUCUUCAAAGUUGGUGCCCAGAAUAUAACAUUAACUCGUUUGUUCAAAGAGGAUGAAUCUCAGAAAACAGAAAUGGAUAAUAAUCUACGUGAAUUAUCUUAUUAUUCAUUGUCAGACCAAGAUAAAAUAGCAGUAGAGUGGUAGAAUAUUUUAAUUUUGAAUGAAGAAAAAGCAACUUUGUAAUUUGUUCUACAUCUAAUAAUAUAUUACAUUUAUAUAAUUAAACUGCUUCGUUUUUAAAA